AUGGCACAGAUGGCGCAAGGGGACAUCAACAGCCAGGCAUUCUGGAAUGAGUUUAUGCGAAGACCAGAUGCCAAGGCGGCAUACCAAGCAGAGAGGCGCCUGCAGGAGAAGAAGCGCCAGUGGCUGGAAGAGCGAAGAGUAGUCGAGGAAAGGGCAGAGCACCGUCGCUUGCUGGCCGAUGCCCUGGAGGAAGCACCAGCUGACCUGAAGAAGCUGAUCGCGCCUAUGUUUCACAUCAGGUUUGUGGAGGAUUAUCUGUGGAUGAUCUAUGACGAGUGUUCAAAGAAACAGAAGGAUUUCAAGGAGAAGCUCCGAGAUGGCGCGACUGCAGAUCAGCUGCGCAAGAUGCGCGAGAACUUUCAAGCAGGUGGAGAGGAGCGAAUGGCAGAUAUGGAGAAAGAGUGGCAUGCCCAAUGCAAGGCAAUGUCAGAAGCUGAAGAGAAGAAGAAGGAAAUUCUUCCGCAGAGCAUCGACAUUCACACCUUGAAGCAUGUACUGGAGUACGCGCAGGAGUGCAAGCGCGAGGGCAACCUCAAGUUUCAGGAAGGCCUCUACGAGGAGGCCUUGCACAUCUACUCUCAAGCAGAUGAUGCCAUGAAGAAGUGGAAGGUGGCCAGGCAUCUGAAGAACGAGGAGAAGUGGCUCAAAGACUACCACCUGGCCUGCCUGAAGAACAAAGCGCAGGCGGCGCUGAAGCUGGAACUGUUCCAGACGGCGCUGGACGCCUCUGAGGCAGCGCUGGGCAUCGACGCCGAGGACCACAAAGCCUGGUACAGGAAGGUGCAAGCGGAGAAGGGCCUCGGCAGGUUCAAAGAGGCGGAGGAGUCCCUGGCAAAGCUCGAGGAUGUCGCUCAGUGGUGCCCUGACCGGCGGCGCAUCCUCCGGGACUGUGAGGCAGAGCGGAAGAGGAUCAAGGUGGCGCGGGUCAAGCACCGCCAGUCGACCCAAGAGAUGCUCGGAAAGGCCUUCGAGGCGGGCGUCUUCAGCAUCGACAGGGAUCGCGAGUUAGAAGAGGCAGCCAAGAAGCUCGAGGAGCCACCAUCGCAGAUGCAGGUGUCUACCGAGCCACGUCCGAAGGGAUUGGAGGCAGCGCGGCCACUGGAGAGGAACAUCCACCUGACAGCCGCCUUGGCUGGAGAUCUGAUGGACGAGCUUGCGGCAGCGUAUGGUCAGAAGUGGUUUCAGGAGCGAGUGCGAAAAUGUGCUCGAGAUUCUGGCUUCGAGCGGUCCGUUUUCCUGAUGCGCCUCAAGGACGUGGCCUUUGAAGUUCAGAAGCCGGUGCUGGAAAAGUGGGGUUUUGAGGGCAACGAGCAUGGGGUUCGGGAGAUGACCGCUGCAAUCCGCGAGCACGCGGGCCGAAGCGGCAAGGACAUGCCUCAAUGGCUGAAGGAGAAGCAAGACAGGUGCUUGGAGCUCUUGUACGGUGGCCCGGAGGGUGGGAUGCUGGACAUCCUGAAGUGA